AUGGACCGCGAGAGAUACCAGGAAGGCACCGGUCAGGCGCCGCAGGCUGCGGCUGCUGGCGGUUCGUCGUACUCGACGAGGGAGCAAUCGUACACUUCAGUCUCCUCCUACGACCGACAAAUGGGAGCCGAGGCGAGCUCCACUGACGACUCCUUCGUGCCGUCCUUGGCGACAGUCCUCCAUCACCUCGUCUCGAUCUCGCCACCGGGUCUGGGCGAAAUAACGAGUUUCCACGCGAUCAAGGAGCCUCAGAUCUCGAUCCACGACUACCUGGACCGCAUCGCAAAGUACUUUGGCUGCAGCAACGAGUGUUUCGUUCUGUCUCUGGUGUACAUUGACCGGAUCAUCAAGUUGCACAGGAACUUCAACGUCUCGAUUCUGAACAUCCACCGGCUGCUGAUCACGUCCGUCAUGCUCGCUGCCAAGUUCUUCGACGACGUGUACUACAGCAACAAGCACUACGCGCGCGUCGGCGGCGUGCGAACGCGCGAGAUGAAUCUGCUCGAGACCCAGUUUCUGACGCUCAUCAACUACCACCUCUAUGUGUCGCCGCAGGAGUACGACCAGUACCGCCGGAACGUCCUCGCAGCGGUCCACUAUGCGCGUCACCUCACCCCGAGCCCGCUCGCCUCGAACCGCCUGUCUUCGUCUCAGUCUUCCACGUCGACUGCCUCCUCGAGCGUCUCUCAGACUGGGAACUCGCUCGGCAACGGGAUCUGCGACGCGCCGUCCCAGGCACUCACGAACGCUACGCACGGCCCGCUCGCGGGCGCAGCGCCAGGGGAAUCCGCGGAAUCGGAGUCCGCCGCACACGCAGGAGGGCCCGCGUCGGGCGCAGCCGCCUCUUCGCGCGCCGGCAGGGAGGACAGGCAGGGCGAGAACUGCAGCGCGGAGUCAGGCUCGAAUGCGCCGACUGAGCGGCGCGACGUCCGCGGGAGUCUCCGAACAGUGUCGAAUGCCUCGCCGGGCGUGAGACAGCGCGGCCGGACGUGUCUCAGCCGACAGGGAAGGCGCGGCGGCUCCCAGGACGCUUCUGGGGCCAGCGGGGAAGAGAGGCUCGGCAUGCACGGGGCAGACGCGGCCUGGAGCACGCACACGCCGGGCGCGGUGGCCGCGAGCGUGUAUGCAGCGAGUGCAUGCGUCGAGCCGAGCGAAGGCGAGUUGGAGAGCGACGAGUCGAUGGGGAGUGUCUGCCGCCGGGACGCGGCGCGAGCCGGCGACGGCGCUGUCCCCACAGCGCAGCAGGAAGUGGAGCACGAGAUGGAGGAAGACCGCGACGAGGACGCUGCGUUUGCCGAGGAGGGCGUCGCGUACGGCGAUGCCACGCAGGCCUGGGAGGACGACUUGGCCGAGGAAGAGCUUUACGGCGAGGGAACAGCAGAGAGGUUUACGUCCAAGGACGACGAGUGGGACGGCGCGAACGUCGUCAUCGCAGCAGAGAAGAACGCGACGAACGAGACGCCGGCCGCGGAAUGCGGCCGUCCUUCUGUAGUGUCGUAUGGCAAUCGGUUCCAUCCUUCCUCUCAGCCGUUUCGAGGCGUCGAGGACGCCGACGCGCAGGGAAACGGAGGCAAGUACGGCUACUUCUGCGCGUCAGCGUCGUCGACCAAAGUGUCCUUCUCGACAGCCUCCGCGAAGACUCUGGCGAGUCCGGCAGGCGACGCAGGACUGGGCGCAGGGACCGGAUUCCUCACCUUUGGAGCGAGGAAGGCGGGACCGAGCACUCCAUCCCACGCUCGGACGGAAGCGCGAAGUGCGUCGGCAGGCCUCCCCGCGGGGCGAGAGGCGAGCUGCGACGCCACAGCUCAGGGCUCGCCAGCGGUGUUCUACUCUCCGGCCCACGCGACUGGCUGCUGUCGGUCUCAGGAGACUGGAGCGUUGCUGAAUGGAGCGUCCGACGGGCAGCGAGUGAGUGACAAGUCCCGAGGCGCAGAGACGAGCGAGCCGGCGGGCGUCUCCGGUCGGAGCGAGCGCACCUGUCCGCUGAGUCGCGACGCAGAGCCGCGGGGCGCGGCGACGCCCGGCCUUUUACAACCCGGACUAGGGCAAGACUCCGUCGGCGCGAGGUCGGUGGAGGCGGUGACCCCAGGAGCACGGUUGAUGAGUGCCCAGACUCGGGGCUCGAGUGGCAGGAGCCGAGACGGCGAAGAGCGCGUCAUGGAAAUGCUCGAGUGCUGUUCUUCGCAGCUGCUGUCCUCGUUUUCAGCACACGCUGCGCGCGGGCCAGCUCCUGGCGCCGACCCCGCGGUGUCGGAGUCGAGCGCCCCGCGCUCGGCGCUGCCUCCGACCGGUGCUUCUGGAGCCCUCUCCCUCACCAUUGUCACGCCGUCACCCGAAGCCGAGGACCGAAAUGCGACGGAUUUCUCCUCCCCGGCCUGCCGAGACCCGACGAUGCAGCGAGACGGACGAGCGGGCCGCGCAGUCGCGCAGCCGUGCUUAACUCCUUCCGGUGACGGCGCCUCCUCGGCGUCGACGGCCUCCGGCGGCAGCAACGGAACCACACAGUCGAGUGUCUCUUCCUGCCUGACGCCGUCUCACUCCGUCCACUCCUCCCCAGAUGUCUCCAUGGAGGAAGAAACCGGAGCCACCAACGGUGAACGGCUUCUGAGAGCGACAGUUGCGCCUGGAAACGCGAGCGUGGCCGGGAUCCUCUCAGGCGGCCCGGUGGCUGUGGAGCCGCGCCUCGCCCCGUCGCACCGCUCCUCUGCAAAUGAGAAAGGGGAGGCGAGUCGCGAUAGACAGGCGCCAGACGCAGCAGGCCUCCUCGGAGGUCCGGAGGUCGCCGGGUCGGCCGGGAUGAAGGCGGCGUCCAGGCCGCAGGCCCCCGUCGAGCAAGGCACAGCGGGGCGCGAGGAGAAGGCCGAACUGGAGAGAAUGAAGCCGCGCGACGCCGCGCACGUUCACUGGAUUGACGCAUCGGACUUCGCAGGCGCCGGCUGUGCAGCGUCGUCUGAAGUUGCGGCUGCAGGGUCGUAUGUCGCGUCCUCGCUGUGCACGCCGGGAGGGAACGCGCGAGGCGAAUUCCUCGCCCUAGGCGGUUCUGCACCACACGCUAUGUCGUGUCGGAAAGGCGGCGAACACGAGGCCGCCGCGAGUUUCAGUGGAGGUCUGUCGCUCUCUGCAGGUCUCGCCCCGGCGGGCGCCAGCCGAGGAAUUUGCUUCUCCUUCGGUCCGUGCUCGUGA